GGUGCUGCCAAAAUGGCCUCGAUGUUGGGGGACGGGGAUGGUCCCGGACCCUCUCGCUGCCUUCUGCUCUUGCAGAGGGCAUUAGCAAUUCAACUGUCGAGAGGUCCUCCUUCCCAGGUCCUCAAUCCUGGCCAACGAGAUCACAUCAAGGAACAUCCUGCUGACGAAAUGUGGAUGUUCGAUAAAGGCUACAAUCUCUUUCAGAGCUUUUUGGAAGCCAACUCGAAAUGCUGGUGGAAUAUCGCGUUAGUGGACGCCACUCGUCAACUUCGGUACAAAGGUCACGUGGCUCCGGGUGUUUUAAUGGUUGGUGGACCACCCUGCGCUCUGGAGGUUUUGAGAGCUGCCUGGUCUCGGAAUGUCCUUCGACCUCCUGCCGAUCAUUCCAUAACCUGUCUCGGAGACAUUGACGACUGCUUGGUAGCACCAGUUACUCAGGGCCAGUUUACACCUCUGCCAGAAGCUCUCUGCUGGGCAAUAUUAGAGCUGACUUCCCAGAGACAGGCGGCCACUCUCGAUACCCUGAGGUCAGCAUUGAAAAAUGCAUUUCCUGCGAUGCAAAGGCCGGGUCGAGAACUCGUCUACGAUGCCCUGGCGAAGCUGAUGCAGGAGAGGAAGAUUUAUCAUACGUCUCAAGGUUACUUUGUUGUAACGCCUGAAACCAAAAGGCUCAGGCGUGACUCCGGAAGUUCUAGAAGAAACUCGAGGGAGGUGGCAAGCUCUCGUGGACAAGGAGGAAUGCUGAUGAGCAACGACGAGGCGAUGGCUUUGGUCCAUGGUGAGAUGCUCACUCUCAGGGAUGGAGAUGUCACACACCAAGCAGUGCAAACAAAUCUUGCCGAUGUCAUUUGUGGAGGUAACCCGAACGACAAGAUCCUCUUCGCCAGGUGCCGAUCUGUUCCUGCCCGUCUUGAAAGGCGGCAUUCGCUUCGUCUCUGGGGAUCAGCGAGGCGUUUACAUCGAAGCGGAAGUUCUCGAUCUCUUCCACGAAGGCCAGAAAGAAGUGACACCUCCUCAAGUGCAGAAUAUGCCAGCACUGACAGCACGCCACAUAGUCCAACCAACUUUUCCAAUAUUUUUGCAGAGAAAAUAGGUCUGCUCUCGAGACUUUUUCGACGCAGUACAAGAAGAAAGGGCACUCCUCUGAUGGGCACCUUCAGUGCCCAAUAUCCCCCAACUGAAUGGUUCAACCCAAGAGUCGUUCAUCUCCACAGUGUCGCAACUCAAACUAGAGCAGCCAGUCCUUCGAUGAUGAAGGGACUUGAUCAGUCACAGGCCAGUUUCCAAGCGUGGGAUGAUUCCAGUUCUGUUCGAUCAGCAACUCUUCCGCGAAGGCAUCGUCGGCAGAGUGGAGACUCUUCAAGUCUCCUGGCCAACUCGACACCCAGAAGUUCGCGGCGCCACAGAUCACCUUGUUCUACCUUACCCAGGUCCAAAUGUUCCAGUCUGAGUAGAUGCACUUCCAGGGCCUCGGUACUUCCCACCAGUAACAAUCAACAAGAACCUUAUCAGAAUCGAAAUCCAGUCCAGAAUGGUAAAAACUCGACCAAUUCAUCCCCUAGUAGGAGUGGUGGGAGCUCUGGAUCCGUUAGGGCUACUGGAAGUCCUGGGAAGACUGGAACUUUAGGAAGAUCGACGACUAGGCACUCGUCAAGGAGACCGAGUCAUGACCUCACCGCUAGUAGUUCAAAAUCUACCCACGGCUCCCCACAGCACAAAGUACUCCAGAAGACACCAUCAAGUCACUCAACCCACUCUAGCGGAAAAUCAACCUCAAGUGGAAAAAUGUCCUCUUCGCCUCUCAAGUCUUCCAGCACUUCUACAAAUUCCUCACCGCUCAAGGUCAUCCAAGGUGCCCUAACACCUCUCCAAGAAGCGCAAAAUUCGAUCACUCUGCAGGUCUCCACAAACCUGACGAGUCCGGUGACAACUCCCCAGGAAUCAACAUCCAUCCAAAGUAGUGUAACUCUCGCCUCAAACUCCAGCAGCAAAACAACAAUUUCCAGUUCUCCAGGAACCAAAGUCUACGUUCAUCAAAAUAGUUCACCAAUGAGGUCCGUCAUUACCUUCGAAAAUGGGACUUCUAAAAACAAGGAAAAGGAAGCAACUAAAGAAAAGCAGGAAAAGGAACUACUCGGAGAAAAAGUCUACAAAGCUGAUGACAAGUUUUUCAAAUCCACAAAGAUUGAUGAUUGGAAGCCCCUAAAGGUAGAAAGGCCUUCAUCCCUUUAUGCCAUGAAAGAUCUGAAGAUUUCCGCUGAGGACAAAGAAAAUAAGCCCAAGAGUGAUGAGGAUCCUAACAAGAUGAAAACGAGAUUGAACAACAGUCAACAAUUUAUUGACGGAUCUUCGAAUGUUGACAAAAAUUCGCUUUUGAAUGAAACAACAUCAACAACAACUAGUUUGGCGCCCUCCUCGAAAAACACUAAUGAUGCGAUGAACAAUUCGAGAAAAUUGAGUCUCUCGAAGGAUACACUUAGCUACAGAAAUUUGCUUCGUCCUGGGUCGAAGAACAACAUCUCGAAUCCUCCUUCCCCAACCAAAUCUUUCCAGGAUGGAUUUGGUGGGUCUUUUAAUAACGUUUUUAUUGAAAAUCUCGACUCUGUAAAACGUCCGCGAGCUCCUCAAGGGUCUGAACCAAAUCUCGAGAAAAGUUUAGAUCGUGGAGAUUUGUAUUCUUAUCCUAGUCUGAGCGACAUGCAGGUUCAAUUUAAGAGUUUGGCUGCCCAGAAAAUUUUGAAGGGAUGUCCCAUCAAUAGUGUGGAUACACUUGUCGAAGUUAAUAUGGCUGCUGACAAACCAAAUAAUUGUGAUGUCACUGUUCAUACGGAUUUUGGACUUGUGUAAAUUUUUACAAUUUGAUGACGGGUUCGUAGUACCGAAAUUGUUACUAAUUAUUGGAUUAGAGUUCUGAAUUGCUCUAGAAUUAAAAAUAGGAGAAGUUAGAAAUAUAUUUGGAGAUUAUGUCCUGAAAAGUAGGAAUACUGAGCACUUUCAAACUGGUUUUCAUUCAUUUAAGACACUUGUAUCUUCUAAUUUCUCUAAAUUUCCCGAAUUCCUUGAAUAUUCUCAAUUCCUUGAAAUCUCCUAAUUCUUUUGAAUUCUCUGAAUUCCUUCGCUUCUCUUGAUUUUCUUGAAUUU